AUGAAGCUGCUUCAAACGUCUCUCCUCGCUGCGUGCGCGCCCAUCGCUGCCGCCCGCUUCAUCGAGCCGCUCGAACGCAACAAUGUCGAUCUCGGCCAGACCACGCCCGACAAGUUCCUCAUUGAGCUUGCACCGGGCAAGACGGCCUGGAUCACCGAAGACGAGAAGUGGGAGCUCCGUCGUCAAGGACACAACUUUAUCGACAUCACCGAAACACAGGACCUCGGCUCCUCCAGCUUUGCCCGCUCCGCAAGCACCGUCACAUUCCCCAAGUCCCUCUCGCAGCAGCUCUCUGUCGCCAAGCUCACAGGCAGCCUCAGCAAGGACAACAUGAAGGCCAACCUCCAGAAGCUGACCAGUUUCCACACGCGAUACUACAAGUCCGAGUCGGGCCGCGAGUCAUCUGACUGGGUGCUGUCCAAGGUGCAGCAGAUCAUCAAGGAUGCUGGAGCCGAAAAGACGGUCCGGGCCAAGAACUUCCCGCACACGUGGCAGCAGUCGUCGACCAUUGUCACGAUCCCCGGCAAGACGAACCAGACGAUUGUGAUUGGCGCCCACCAGGACUCGAUUAAUCUCUUCUUCCCGUCGCUGUUUGCCGCCCCUGGCGCUGACGACGACGGCAGCGGCACUGUCACUAUUAUGGAAGUUCUCAAGGCCAUCUUGGGCUCCAAGGACAUUGUGGACGGCAAGGCACACAACACCAUCGAGUUCCACUGGUACAGCGCCGAGGAGGGCGGCCUGCUUGGCUCCCAGGCCAUUUUCCGCUCGUAUGAGCGCGAGGGCCGCAAUGUCAAGGCUAUGCUCCAGCAGGAUAUGACUGGUUAUGUCCAGGGCACGCUGGAUGCUGGCAAGCCCGAGGCUGUCGGCGUGAUUACUGAUUUUGUCGACCCUGGUUUGACCAAGUUUAUCAAGACGGUCAUUGAAGGCUACUGCGACAUCCCCUGGGUCGAGACCAAGUGCGGCUACGCCUGCUCUGACCACGCAUCCGCCUCCAAGGCCGGCUACCCGUCCGCUUUUGUCAUUGAGUCCGCAUUUGAAGACUCCGACAAGAAAAUCCACAGCACCGAUGAUCUAAUCAAGUACCUCUCUUUUGACCACAUGCUGCAGCACGCCAAGAUGACGCUCGGCCUUGCCUACGAGCUGGCCCAGCACCCGUUUGAUGAGACAGAGUCCAUGGACGAGCUCUAG